AUGCUUUCCUCUUAAUAUUUUAGAUCAUAAAAGUAUACAAUUUAAAAAUAUAAUUCACAUAACAUCAGAUAAUAUAAGGACUUUAAUAAAUUUAAGAAGAUAGUUUAAGAAGAACUUGAACUGUAGAAAAUUGAGUUUAAAUGCUAAAAAAUUAUAUUAUAAUAGUAUUCAAUCAAUAUAGUGAGGUAGGAAUAAGUAAUGUAAGAUUUUAACAAUAUUUAAUUAGAUCAACACCUGUUUAUAGAACAACUUAAAAGGAUAGUAUUAAAUUAUCAGUUAUGAUAUUGAUGUAUAAGAUUGAAAAAGGAGCAUAAUCUAUAAUUUAGUAUAUAUUACUUAAAGAUGCAAAAUCAUCAACAUAACAAGAUAGUUAAUUAUUUAUGAAUCUACAUUUAUGAUAUAGCAUAGAAUGAUAAAGUAAAUUAUAAUCAAUUCAAUUUUUAGAAAAAUCAUUCAAAAAAGCCUUUGUUGGUAAUUUGACAUUGUAUAUUGAAAAAGAAGAUACCAGAAAAAACAUUCGAGUAAAUUUAGAUUUUAUAGUAAUUACAGAUCCAUAAAAAAAUGUUGGAAAAGGAUAUGUGUAUUUCAAGGAAUUUCAAUAUUUAAAGUAAACUCUUUAGGCAUAAAUGAUAGAUAUAAAAGUUAGGGAAGUAAAAAUUAAGUAAGCUGCUAAAACAACUAAAACAGAAGUAAAGUUAUUGAAUAAUUCUAAAAAUGCUAUUAAGAGUAUGUAAUAAAAGAAAUAAAUUCCAAUAAAAGGUAAAAGAAUAUGAAAUAACCAUAAAAACAAGUAAUAAGUAUAAAAAAAUAAGAAAAAUAUAUUAAUAAAUAAUAAGAGGAAAAAAAAAUAGUAUAUUAUGAAUUUAUUGAAUUAGUACAAGCAAAAGAAAAGUAUAGCGUAAAUUAACAUUAUGAGAACAUAAAGUAAAAUAUGA